GUGCAUGCCCUGAUGUGCCUGUGGAGGUCAGGGAACUACAUGUGGGAGUUGGCGCUCUCUUACUGUAUAGAGCUGUCUUGGUGACAAGUGCUUUUACCCACUGAGCUAUGAGCUGAGCUUGAGUCCUGAUUUCAAUUACCAUAUGAAUGUUGGUGCCUUCAGCCCAAGAUUAUCUCAGAGCUUCAGAUUUAUGCAGCAAAGUGCUUCUUUGUACCUUCUAAAUUUACUUAUCAGACUUGCUUCCCAGUGUGCUUGACACCUACCCACGCCCUCAAGCUUGAAGCCUUUGUUUUCUCCUUCCGCGCUCUCUCUCUAAGCAGUCUUGAGCCCUGGGGCCUCCAUCUGUGAGCCACAUCUUCAAUCCAUCUGCUCUUUAUUUGUCUCCACUGCUGUGCUUGCACUCCAAGCUCACAGGAUCCUGCUCCUGAGUCCAUCAGCUUCUCACUGUCCUCUCUGUGUGAGAAACUCCUCUUCCCAAGCUGAGGAGCUCUGGGCAGUCCACCGGAUUUCCUUUUGUAAUUGGAAUGAAGCUGUAAAUCCUUCAGUGCUUGCUCUGGCAGCCUCAGGCGUCCUCGGCAGUGACCACACACCAGGUUCUUCCCUUUCUGCUUCAGCGCUUUUGCCUCUCAGGAUCUUCCCUGCCCCCAUUCAAGGAUACCCGCUAAGAUUGUUUAACUGCUGGCCCAGGUUGUCCCUUUCUUUUAAAUAGAACACUUCCUUGCUUCACAGUGUUGCUUAAAAACAUUUGUAAACAAUGACAAUGCUAUUUCAGUUGUCUCUUGAAAAAUGUCAUUUUUAAUAAAAGUUAUUCAUACUGAUAAUGGAUUUGACAUUUUAGAAUUAAUAAUCAUUGUUAAAAUUUCUUGGUUUUAAUAUACAGUAAAUGAUAUUGGAGACCAAGUUAUUUUUUUCAAUAGUUUUUAUUUUUAAAAGAUUUAUUAUUUUAUUUAUGUGAAUACACUGUCACUGUCUUCAGACUCACCAGAAGAGGGCAUCAGAUCUCAUUACAGAUGGUUGUGAGCCACCAUGUGGUUGCUAGGUAUUGAAUUCAGGACCUCUGGAAGAGUCCAUCUCUGCAGCCCUUGUGCUUUUAUUUUAAUGUGGGUAUUUAGGUCAUGGUUUCCUGUAAUUUUUACUGUGUUUCUUUUAUUGACCUAAAUAAAUGGUACAUAGUAGGUACUUAAUAAUCAGUACAGUGGGCAUUCCCGGCUGUAUGGUUAUAAGUAUUAUUACUUAUAAUACCUUAUUAUAAGUAAUUAUGAGUGCUAUUACUAUGAUACUGUGGUUCAGGUUUUUUUGAGGCAGGCUCUGUAGCACAGGCUAGCUUUGAAUUUGCAAUCCUUCUGCCUCCACUUAGCCAAGCUAGAGUGUUACAAAUGUGUGCCCCAUAUAUUCUCUGAAUUAUUUUCGUCGGCUGUGUAAAUUAUUUAUUACUUACUUUACUAGUUUGUCUCAUAAAUCAUUCUUAUUUUAAGGUCUUAAAUUUUGUGUACCUUCCCACUUUGUUCACAGUUAGGCUUUUGCCUUUCCAAGUUUCAGCACUCACAGUUGAACACUGUGCCAGGCCAUUACCUGUACUGAGCCGCACAGGCCAUUUGUUAGGGGAGGCAGUUAGUUGCUCUCCGCUUCUGCCUGUGUUUAUGAGUCACGCUGUAGCUAUUUCUUUGACUUUAGAUUUGUGGUUUCUUGAACUAACUGGAGUGAUGUAAAAGAUGAGUCUUGUUAGGCGUUUCCUGACUGUUCAAAGUGUUUGGUGGUGUACUGUAAACAGGUUUCUCCAGGGAAACACUGAGCAGUCAUGCCCCCUUCUGUCCUCGGGAUUGGAAGUUUCUAUGCUUACCGACCCUAGCUGAUUGUAUUGUGAACAGUUACUUCUGUGAGACUGAAAUAGCCUCUGCAUCACCCCCACCGGAUCCCUGAGGUUUUGGAGUGGCUCCACCCUUACUCAGGACUCCGCCCCUGUGGGUUGAACUUGCACUUUGUUCCUUCUGGCCCCUGACUGUGUGAGUAAUGUCCCACGUGUAUGGCUUGCUGGCCAGAGUGGAAUUUUAAGGCUCUUCUAUUCAGAACAGUUUAACUUUUCAUGCUGCUCGGCCAAAGGCAUGGUCCUGGGACCUGUUCAGCUGCCAUCAACCAGUUACUGUAGAGACCAGGACACCUUGCUUCCCUGCCUGGGCAGGGAUGUCUCGGAGUUCGCUGUGGCCCACGUGACAGAUCACUUUGCCAGCUGUGUGGAGGAUGGAUUUGAGGGAGACAAGACUGGAGGCAGUAGUCCAGAAGUUUUGCACCGCCCGUUUGGCUGUGAUGCUGAAUCUCAGGCACUGAAUGAAGCGAUCAGGUGGAGCUCCAAGGAGAACUUGCUGGGAGCCACUGAGAGUGACCCUAAUCUCUUUGUUGCACUUUAUGACUUUGUGGCAAGUGGUGAUAACACACUCAGUAUCACUAAAGGUGAAAAGCUGCGAGUCCUUGGUUAUAACCAGAAUGGCGAGUGGAGUGAAGUUCGCUCCAAGAAUGGACAGGGUUGGGUGCCAAGCAACUACAUCACUCCAGUUAAUAGCCUGGAGAAACAUUCCUGGUACCACGGACCUGUAUCCCGCAGCGCAGCAGAGUAUCUCCUCAGCAGCCUAAUCAAUGGCAGCUUCCUGGUUCGAGAGAGUGAGAGCAGCCCUGGGCAGCUGUCCAUCUCUCUCAGGUAUGAGGGACGUGUGUAUCACUACAGGAUCAAUACCACCACAGACAGCAAGGUGUACGUGACAGCUGAGAGCCGCUUUAGCACCUUGGCAGAGCUUGUUCACCACCACUCCACAGUUGCUGAUGGGCUAGUGACCACGCUGCACUACCCAGCACCGAAGUGCAACAAGCCAACCGUCUAUGGCGUGUCUCCUAUCCAUGACAAGUGGGAAAUGGAACGGACAGAUAUCACCAUGAAGCACAAACUUGGGGGCGGUCAGUACGGAGAGGUUUACGUUGGCGUCUGGAAGAAGUACAGCCUUACAGUGGCUGUGAAAACACUGAAGGAAGACACCAUGGAGGUGGAGGAGUUCCUGAAGGAAGCUGCAGUGAUGAAGGAGAUCAAGCAUCCUAACUUAGUACAACUGCUAGGUGUGUGUACCCUGGAGCCACCGUUUUACAUUGUGACUGAAUACAUGCCGUAUGGGAACCUGCUUGACUAUCUCCGGGAGUGCAGCCGAGAGGAGGUGACCGCCGUCGUGUUACUUUACAUGGCCACCCAGAUCUCCUCUGCCAUGGAGUACUUGGAGAAGAAGAACUUCAUCCAUAGAGAUCUUGCUGCCCGGAACUGCCUAGUGGGCGAGAACCAUGUGGUGAAAGUGGCCGACUUUGGUUUAAGUAGACUGAUGACUGGAGAUACCUACACUGCUCAUGCUGGAGCCAAAUUUCCUAUUAAAUGGACAGCACCCGAGAGUCUGGCCUACAAUACCUUUUCAAUUAAAUCUGACGUUUGGGCGUUUGGAGUACUGUUGUGGGAAAUUGCUACAUAUGGAAUGUCACCAUAUCCAGGUAUUGACCUAUCUCAAGUCUAUGACCUACUGGAAAAAGGAUAUCGAAUGGAACAGCCUGAGGGAUGCCCCCCUAAAGUGUAUGAACUUAUGAGAGCAUGCUGGAAGUGGAGCCCUGCUGACAGGCCCUCUUUUGCUGAAACCCAUCAAGCUUUUGAAACAAUGUUCCAUGACUCCAGCAUCUCUGAAGAGGUAGCUGAGGAGCUUGGGAGAACGGCCUCCUCCUCCUCUGUGGUUCCAUACCUGCCUCGGUUACCGCUGCUUCCUUCCAAGACGAGGACCCUGAGGAAGCAGGGGGAGAACAAAGAGAACCUAGAUGGGGGCCUUGAUGCCGCCGAGAGCCUGGCCUCCAGCUCAGCACCAGCAGGGUUCAUUAGAAGCACACAGGCCUCCAGUGGGUCCCCAGCUCUGCCUCGAAAGCAAAGAGAUAAGUCGCCCAGCAGCCUCUUAGAAGAUGCCAAAGAGACAUGCUUUACCAGGGAUAGGAAGGGGGGCUUCUUCAGCUCCUUCAUGAAAAAGAGGAACGCCCCCACGCCCCCGAAGCGCAGCAGCUCCUUUCGAGAAAUGGAGAAUCAGCCCCACAAGAAAUAUGAACUCACGGGUAACUUCUCACCUGUUGCUUCUCUACAGCAUGCUGAUGGGUUCUCUGUCGCUCCCAGCCAGCAAGAGCCGAAUCUGGUGCCAGCCAAGUGCUAUGGGGGGAGCUUUGCACAGAGGAACCUCUGUGCUGAUGAUGACAGUGGUGGGGGUGGGGGCAGUGGCACUGCUGGGGGCGGGUGGUCUGGUAUCACAGGCUUCUUUACACCUCGAUUAAUCAAAAAGACACUGGGCUUGCGAGCAGGUAAGCCCACAGCCAGUGAUGACACUUCGAAGCCUUUUCCAAGGUCCAACUCUACAUCUUCCAUGUCCUCAGGGCUUCCAGAGCAGGAUAGGAUGGCAAUGACCCUUCCCAGGAACUGCCAGAGGUCCAAACUCCAGCUGGAAAGGACAGUGUCCACCUCUUCUCAACCAGAAGAGAAUGUGGACAGGGCUAAUGACAUGCUUCCAAAAAAAUCUGAGGAAGGUGCUGCUCCAGCCAGGGAGAGACCAAAAGCCAAACUAUUGCCCAGAGGAGCCACAGCUCUUCCCUUGAGAGCCCCUGAUCCAGCCAUCACAGAGAGUGACUCUCCGGGGGUAGGGGUGGCUGGAGUGGCAGCUGCCCCCAAAGGCAAGGAAAGGAAUGGUGGGACGCGACUUGGAGUCGCUGGAGUCCCCGAGGAUGGAGAGCAGCUAGGCUGGUCUUCUCCAGCCAAGGCUGUAGCUGUCCUCCCAACCACUCACAACCACAAAGUGCCAGUCCUUAUCUCUCCCACUCUGAAACACACUCCAGCUGAUGUGCAGCUCAUUGGCACAGACUCUCAGGGGAACAAAUUCAAGCUCUUAUCUGAGCAUCAGGUCACAUCCUCUGGAGACAAGGACCGACCCCGUCGGGUAAAACCAAAGUGUGCCCCACCCCCCCCACCAGUGAUGAGACUACUGCAGCAUCCGUCCACAUGCUCAGACCCCGAGGAAGAGCCGACUGCCCCACCUGCAGGACAGCACACUCCAGAGACCCAGGAGGGAGGAAAAAAGGCAGCUCCAGGCCCAAUGCCCAGUAGUGGGAAACCUGGGAGGCCAGUCAUGCCUCCACCUCAAGUGCCUUUGCCCACAUCUUCCAUCUCACCGGCCAAAAUGGCCAAUGGCACAGCAGGUACUAAGGUGGCCCUGAGGAAAACCAAACAGGCAGCUGAGAAAAUCUCAGCUGACAAAAUCAGCAAAGAGGCCCUGCUGGAGUGUGCCGACCUACUGUCCAGUGCAAUCACGGAACCUGUGCCCAACAGCCAACUGGUGGACACUGGGCACCAGCUGCUCGACUACUGCUCAGGGUAUGUGGACAGCAUCCCUCAGACUCGCAACAAGUUUGCCUUCCGAGAGGCUGUGAGCAAACUGGAACUUAGCUUACAGGAGCUGCAGGUGUCUUCCACAGCUGCUGGUGUGCCUGGGACAAACCCCGUCCUUAAUAACUUAUUGUCGUGUGUACAGGAAAUUAGCGAUGUGGUGCAGAGGUAGCCAUCGUCGGCUGAGUGGGGAAAUGCACACAUUCUGAGGGGAAAGGGAAAGGGACUCGUUUUCCUGUGUUCUCGUUCUCAAAAAGUGAAAGACUGAUACUUGAGUGUGUUUAUGUGAAGUACCUCAGGUCCCUGAGUUCUCACGUUUACAGGGUCAUCUCAAAACAGCAGAAAGGAAGUCACAGAAGUAGAUAAAAAGUCAGUGUGGUGGAGCAGGGCAGUGCGGGCAGGGUUGGAAAGUGCACUGGGAGAUUAGGGAGCCUCGUGUAUACAUCAUAGGAAGGCAUAGCCCGCCCUCUCUGCGGUGGCCUGUGCCGCCCACCGCCCACCGUUGGGCUGCUCUCAGUUGUGCUGUACUGCGAAACAGGCCUUGACUUGGCCAGUCCUGGGGGUUAUCACGUUUCAGUUUACUGCAAAUCUGGGGAGCGGGAGAAAGCAGUGUGGGGGAUGUAGCAGGAGAUGUUUUAUUCGAGACUAGUGGAAGUGGCUGUUGGCCUUGCUUCCGUGGUCAUUGCUGUUGUAGCAAGAACUGCACAUUAGAUUACCAGACUACUCCACUGGGAGACAUGGCCUUUCCAUCUGCUUUGCACUAUUUACCACGGCUGUGUCAGUUGGUGCAGAAAGUACACAGUGCAGCGGAAGUUUAGUCAGACAGACACCUCCAGGCUCUCGUACUGACUAGCAGUCACUUCUCCCACUCUUUUGGAAUGUUACUUGCUAGUGGGCCAGUAUCCACCUGUAGCUUGUUGGUGGCUGUCUGUAAGCCAUGGGCAUAGGGCAGUCUCUCUUCCUUCAUUCCUGGCAGCAUACCGGGCAUUACCCAGCAUCGAUGUUGAAAAUAGUGCUCACUACAGGUGCCCCUGAUCACUGACACAAUGGCCACUUGAGCAGCUACACAUACUCUGCACUUAAUGAGAAUACCAAGCAGAUGUCGUACCUUUCUGAAAGGGGCUGGCCACAUGGCUGCUUGUACCUUUCCCUCCUUGCAGCCCUCUGGCUGGCUGUAGGGAGCCGUGUCCACUGAGGGCUCGCCUCCACAGGAUCUCGUGUUCUUUGUCUUUGCUCCCAGACCAUCCCUAAGCCCUUGUUGCACUUGGAGUUUGUGUUGGGAAUAUUCUUUAUUUAUUUUCUCCUUUCAUCUCUAUUUCAGUGUGCAUAAUAGAAGGAGUGGGUUAUUUUCAGGGAGCACCAGUUAGGCCCAGAGCCCUCAGGGUUUAACCUGAGAGUUGGUUUUGCCUUUGAGAAAUGCCACUCCCCUCCCCUGAUUACAGUCAUGGAAGCUAUUAGAGUAACAUGGGAUAGAACCGUAGCAGGCUGCACAUUACUUAUGGUUUUGGUGUUGUGUCUAAUUCUAGUUUCUGGGUUUUUUUUUCAAAGAGAGCCAAUACAAAAUAUGGUGAUGUUUCUUUUUCCAAAGGAAUAUUAAUGUAGGAAGAUGAGAAUUGCGCACUAAGCAGUGUUUUCUUCCUGGCUCAUUGAUCCACGCCGUCAAGUCGCUGCCCCGUCUUCUGAUCUCUUAAUUGAAGGCACUAGCCCACAUUCCCAAGCGGGUUUUGCAGACUUAAUAUACCACUCCCGCUGAGAGGCUCUCUGGGAAGCUCUUAAUGUUAACUUAAUGUUGUUGGGUCGCUUUUCAUUCUCUUUGCUGAAUCACAAAUAAGAAACUUUGAACUGCCAGAAUCGGGCCAGAACCCUAAGGGGAAACUAUUUUAAGUCGCAUUUGGCAUCCUUAACCAAGAAAGAAAUUAAAUUUUCAAUUAGAAAAAGGAAAUUUGGAUGCCUGUCACUGCUGCUUUAGUGAAAGCUCAGGGUGAGCCGAGGCCUGGGGUAAAGGACCCAGCCCUGCAGUGGCAGCAUGUUCCCUCAGCUGCAGCCUGACAGCCAGGCUCCAGGUUCAUGCCCCUGGAGUCACGGAAGAGGAUUCCCUCCACCUUGGUGGCCACUGUUCUGCACAUCGGAUGCACGCAUAAACUUGAAUUUAUUCUAGCAGUUAACUUAGUUAGAUGGGGCAGAGGAAGUGAAAACUUGAGGGCAUUAUUAAUGCUGCUUUUAGCGUAUGUCCCUUGCCGUGGUGGGAUGUCUUAAUGGAUGGUGGUUGUUUUGGGUUUGGGUCUCGUUUUUGUUUGUUUGUUAUUGGUUUUCCCUUCAGAGUUCUGAAAACAAGCAAGUAGUGUUCUUCAAAACACUGCUGAGUCUCUUGGCUGCCUGCUUUUCUUUCUCUGAGGCCCUGAGUCAUGUCUCACUCAAGCGUCUGCCCUGCUCACACAGCAUCACUAAAUCCAUGAGCUGAACUGACUGUCCUCUCCUCAUGACGCAUGAGCGGUGUCCUUUACAGGGAUUGAGGCCUCGGGCCACAGAGGCACUGUCAACUUGCUGUGGAAGAAUUAUUUACGUUUGUCUUGCAUCUACCUGCAAGGGACCAGCUUAAAAGGGGGGGGGGGGGACACAAAAUAAAAGGUUAGAAUCUAAAUCAGAGAAAACUGCUUUUAGAAGCGAAAAAUGUAAUUAAUUAUGUAGCCUAAAAACAAAGCAGAUGGCGAGAGAGAAGGCUCUGGCAACUCCUAAAGCCGUUUGUCCUGGGCAGACCUUUGCACUGUGACAGCUUGCUUACUCUCAUUACAAGUCCCGUGACUUCAGUUGGCUCUCCUGCCUUCAGAUGCAGUGCUUUGUAUUGAAUAUAGCCAAAUUCUGCUUUACGGGGAACUUGGUUGUUGUCGUUUAAGCUUUGGGUACAAUUAUAUUUCACAUUUCCAGGUGAUUUCCAUCAUGCUGUUCAGAAAGAAAGGCCUUAAAAUUGGCCUUUUGUAUUUUGCAGUGAGAUGGACUAAAUUGAACAUAAUAUACCAAGCUGUGAUCUGGCAUGUAAGAAACUGAUUUGGUCAUUUUCAAGAUGCCCUUCGUAAAAGGUCAUCAUAGUGGAUUGGAGACUAGUUUCCGGCCUCAUUUUAAGGUUUCAUUUAUAAAUGUUCCUACUUAAAUCCUCCUUAGCAGACAAUUGGCUGGUAAAAUCAUUUUCUGUUAAUGAAGACAGUGGUUUUUAAGUUAGGGGUACAGCAUUACCGAUAGUGUGAGGCCAUGUUUAUAGGCUGUAGCUCAGGUGCCUGGGGCAGUGACCACCUAGGAUGUUAAUUGCUAGUAUGAGCUCCUAACCUGGGAGCACACAAACAUCCUCUAGAGAUUUUUAAAGGAAAACUGAUGAAUUAGCCCCGCUUUGAUGGAAUCCCUGGUGGGAUGAGAGACUAGCUAGCAUGCUUCCCAAGAUCUUCUCCAGGUUUCAAACACUCCCCGCUCUCUGAACACUGUGCACAGCAGAGGAGACGGGAGAGUACUGUUGUCACUAGUUCAUAUCUUGGAGCAGCUAAUGGCAAAGCUGGGGCUAGAAUUCAGGAGUCCUGACAUUUGGCAUCUCUCCACAGCCUGCUGCCUUGUGAGAUGCCGAGCUAGACAAUCAGUGUGCAUGGUGCUGCACACUUCUAAAGCACAGGCUCUGGCAGGCCUGGCCAGGGAGGGCUUGGAUGUUUGGUAAUGGCAGUGUAGCUGGACAAGCCUUUAGUAGAACUCCGCUCUGAAGAGAACUUAGCACUGUUCUUCUAGACCUCAGGCACACAUAGAGAUCUGCACUUUGUAGUUGAAGAAUACCAGCUUGAGUUGUUUAAAAACAAGAAGGAAAAAAAAAAACAAACUAGUCCUACACUCUUUUUUGUUCAAAAAGCAAUGUGUUGUUCAGUGUCAUUUUAAUGCAUGUGAGGUAGUGUAUCUGAAAGCACCUUGAGAAAUCAAAUGCAUUCACUGUAAAGCUGAAUUGCGAAUGUGUGUAGAGGAUGAGCUGACCUGGACCUGGAGCUAGAGGCUCACCCUCUGCUGUGGUUUGUUGCAGACAUAGGUCCGACACUGCUAAAUGUGCAUGGGAAGACACGGCGCUGUUUGCUAACAGUUUAGAGCUGAGCAGCUUCAGGAAAUUAGGGGCCAAGUCUUUGGUUUAAUUCUCAUCUUUAAGAAGUAGUCAAGUGGUGGCGUGCAAUCCAGCAGUGAAGAGGCUAAGGCAAGAGAGUCUCAGGUUCUAGACCAGCCUCGGCCUCAGGAGAUGCAAAGGAGGAAUAGAUUACUCCCGGUGGAGCCAGCAGCUUUUCCAGGCCCUUGACUGGAAGAUGAAGACCCCCUUCCUCUUGAGCAGUCCUCUGCUACAUGCUCGGCUUUUGGUGUGGUAGGAGCAGACUCAUCUCCUGUUUAUGUUGACACUUUCUUUUAAAAACUAAUGUCUUGGGGUGGGGGGAAAGUUGGGGGUAGAAGACUGAUGUACUUGGAGAAUUUCUAGAAUUUUCUCCCAGUUAUAAAUGACAGUGACUCCUUUAAAAGAAGAGUAGCUGAGCUUAACUCACCUGUUAGAUUAUCAUGUAUUCCAAAAAAUCAUGUGGAGGUGGCCUGCGUAGAGCGGCACUCUAGUCUCUUCCCCUGCCCCGCCUUUUCUACCUUUGCUAGUGAUGCCCUGUUCAUUGGGCUGUAUCUUCAGGGGAGUUGGUAUUGGGUUGACAGAGUCAUCUUUAUUUCUGUUCUCAAUGAUCUGUGUCAUCACCUUGCAUGCAUUAACUUGCUUCAUUUGAAUCUGACAUACAUCUUUAUGCCCUCAGCAUCUGCUAUGGCCAGUACUUUCUGUAUUUCUUGUCAGCUGCUUUAGCUUGGUCAAGCCUGGUAGCUUAGUUCUUUGGAUUUUGUAGGCAUGCAGAGGCCUAGAGCAAGGCAGUUCCUAGGGAACCUGUGCUCAGACUGCCGGAGGCAGCCUAAGGGUGCCUAUGGCUCCCAUGCUGCCGUCACCUCUGAGGCAGAGAGGCGAGACCUUGGGAUGGUCCUAACACUUGGUCUACUCCUAAGUCUUAUGCAUAGAGUUCCAGUUUUCCAGCUUAGGACUCAGGAGUGCUUGGAGUGGUGGUUGUUCCUGUUACCUGUGCUGAUGAGCCCAGCACAGUGACCCAACUUCAGUGCUGUUGCCUGUGAUCCUGUUACUACGGAGGCUGGCUCAGCUCACCCUGCUCCACUGCCAUGUGUUUGUGUUCCAUCUUGACUAGGUAAUGAUAACUCUUCUUUUAGACUAGCUCCCCAGGUGCCUCAGGAGGACCCUGGAUGGAGUCUGGGCAGUUUAUCUUGAUAAGAAACUGACAGAAGCCUUGAUUAGAAACUGACAGAAGCCGUUUAAUCCCAGCACUUGGGAGGCAGAGGCAGAGGCAGGUGGAUUUCUGAGUUCGAGGCCAGCCUGGUCUACAGAAUGAGUUCCAGGACAGCCAGGGCUACACAGAGAAACCCUGUCUCGGGGGGGAAAAAAAAGGAAAGGAAAAGGAAAGAAACUGACAGAAGUCAUCUUCAGAGAUUUGUACCAUCAAAGAUGAGUUCCUGAGUAUUACUGGGAGAAAUACUUGCCUGCUGGGCUGUUCAUAACUAUUGAACUAGAGCUCAAAGUCCGUUGCUUCAGACUCUCCAUUCAUCUCUCUGCACACUGGCAGAUUGCUGCCGUGCUUUCUCCAUCCUAUGUGAUGUGCUGAGGGAAGAAGGUCCUUCUGGACCAGCCUCCGCCUCCACUCACACUUCCUUUGCUCCAUGUAUGCCUAUAAAUUUGAGACUGUUUACCCCUCCUAGAUAAUAAUAAUCUUUAUUUCCCUGGUGCGGACAAACAAGAACACAGUAGCAGAACCCUGCACACUGAGUGGAUCUGCAAAGUUGCCAUCUAAGGAUAAAAUAGGCCCACUUGUCCUCGGACCAUAGCAUCUUGAGAAGAAUAGGGCUGUGUGGGGUCCUGAGUUAUUCACCUGUUUUGAGAGCUUGGACCCCAGCCCUUUAGAACAUGGAGGAGGCACAGUCAGAUGCUAGCAAGGUGGUGAAAGGAAAUACAAAGAGUUCUGUGGGUGGAGCUUGCUCGCUUGCUUAGGUUUGUUUCUGAGUUCCUGAAUAGCGCUUUAACAUCUUGUUUUUAGCGACCUUAUAAUUUAGGACUAGUGGGACUUCAUAAAAAUGUCACAUACCUGAGUUCCCAGUUUUCAGCAGAUAUAAAGUGGCACAUCUCUUGUUGAGUCAGGGGACACUGCAGGGGCUGUAGUGCUCCAGGAUCCUUAGUUCCCAAGUUGUCUUUGGUUGCUUUAAGACCCAUGCUGUGUUGUGAAUGACAAGAAUGCUGAUGGUCAGGGCCACGGGAACCUGCUUGCUUGAUCUCGGUGGCCAGCUUCCUUUAUGCCACUUGAACUCCAUCCUGAGAAGUGUUUGCUGAGACCUUGAGAAAUGACCUUCAGGAACAUGAGGAUUCAGAAACCUCCCUGUAGCUCCUUAUCACCUCUCUCUGAGGGCAGAGGCAGUGGCUGGUGAGCACCCUGCACACACACACACCCCUUCCUUGUAGACCCUGCACUUCUUCUCGUUUGCAAUCUGAUUCUGUAAUGACUAUCAGUGGAAUUGCCCGACUUUGUGUUUGCUUGAUAAAAGUAAAUUUGAACAUUUUGUGAUGGUUGAUAGAACUUUGUCCUAAAACUUGCUAAUUCAGACUCUUUAAAACUCUAAUGUUUAUACCAAAGGUUACACUGCAGGCGUAGGUGGUACACAGAGGGUGACUCCCUAGAGUGGGCACUGUGUGCAUUGCUAAGGGGACACAGUGCCCAGUGAGACCAUAUGGGAUUUUACUAAACACGUCAGUCAUGGGUCACACUACCACUGUUGUCAAGUAUUUGUUCUUAAUUGUUAUUGUAAUAUAUUUUCGAUUGUUUUUCUAAUUUAAUUCUCUCUGUUGUCUGACUGUGAACUGCUAACAGUGUUAAAAACUUGAUGUAAAUAAACGAUGCCCCUGGCAGGGACUGUUUCCUGCCAUGUCUCACAA